GUAAUAACAUAAGUAACGAGGAAGGCGUGAUCCGUAGUAGUGCAGUACGACAACCAUCAACAUGAUGGUUCAAAAAUUGUUUCUGAAAUUUGUGAUAUUCGGCAUAGCUAAUGCUAAUCUUGUAUUUGGAGCGGAUCCCUGCUUCGAUGUCGGACCUGACCCAGUAACUGGUGGUUAUGCAAUCUGCCUGCAGCAAGACUCUUGUAUUACGGAACCAGUAGCAGAGAACGCAUGUCCAUCUUACCCAUCAGAUUAUUCAUGCUGCUAUCACCACGUUUUCCCUGGUCGUGAGCAUAGGGGAGCGUGGAUAGCUUCGGUAACCAAUAUCGACUGGCCCACAUCUCCAACUUCGAGUGUAGCAGCUCAACAACAGCAGUUAACGUUUUUAAUUAACCAAAUUGCAGAUGCGGGAUUGAAUGCCGUUUACUUCCAGGUCAGACCUGCAGGAGAUGCUCUUUACCAGUCUGAUAUUGAGCCGUGGAGCAUCUAUCUUACCGGUGAACCUCAAGGGACUGUCCCCUCGCCGAUGUGGGACCCAUUAGAAUAUGUCAUCAACCUCUGCAAACCAUUAAACAUCCAAGUCCACGCCUGGAUUAAUCCGUAUCGAGCACGAUUGACACCAACAAGUGGUGGGCUUGCCCCCAAUCACAUGGCCAUUCAAUAUCCGCAAUGUGCUUAUCCAUUUUCGACCUACUUGUGGAUGGACCCUGGCUGUGAGGUAGUUCAGAAUAGGACCUACAGCGUUGCGCUUGAUCUAGUGACUCGAUAUGAUUUGGAUGGCCUUCAUAUGGAUGACUACUUCUACCCUUACCCUGUAACAGGAUGGGUAUUUCCUGACCAAAACACCUACAACGAGUAUCUUCAAUCCGGAGGUGUGCUUGGUUUAGACGACUGGCGUCGAGAUAAUGUGAAUCGAUUGAUCCAGCGAAUGAAUGAUGGAAUCCAUGAGGUCAAACCUUGGGUGAUAUUCUCUGUCUCCCCCUUUGGAAUUUAUCGUGCUGGACACCCUGACGGCAUGCCUUCUCCACCAAUUGUUGGAUUCGACCAGUACAGUGAAAUUUAUUGUGACGCAAAGCUUUGGUUGAAAGAGGGUUGGAUAGAUAUUCUUCAACCUCAACUUUACUGGAGAAUUGCCCCUCCUGCACAAAGUUAUCCUUUUCUCUUGGACUGGUGGGUUGCUGAAGGUCAAAAUCCCAAGUUGCGACAUGUCUGUCCUGGCAACUACUUGAGUCGAGUGGACAUUGACGGUUGGCCUUUGUGGGAAAUUAGGGAUCAGAUUGAUAUAACCAGAGAACCGGCAAACAGGAAGCGAGGUUCCUGGGGAAAUGUACAAUUCAGUGCUAAAAUGUUUCGCGACGAUUUUGGAGGAUCGGUUGGAUUUUUUGGAAAUUUUAUCUAUCCUCUUCCUGCCCUCCAACCCGUUUAUCCGUGGUUGUCGAAUUCUACCUUUUCUAAAGUGGAGACUAUGCAGCCAAUAAUUUUGAAGUCCAAAGAACGGUCAUCCAUCACAGUUAACGUGACCAUUACGAAGGAUAUUAUUACAUCUGGCAUCGUGCACAAGUUGGCAAUUUAUAAACAUGCAACGGAAGGACAAUGGACCCUCUACAAGGUUAUCCCGGGAGAAGAUAUCCCACAUCCAAUCCAAUUAGUAACGAAUGGAAAAUAUGCGGCUACAUUUGUUAAUCGACUUGGUCAAGAGAGCCGCAAAACAUUUUUCAAAUUUCCUUAAGAUUAUAAUCAAAAUUACUCAACAACGAUUAUACGAUAUAUACUUUUGAAUUAAAGUCCAAUUUAAAUGCCGUAUAAAACAAAGCAAUAAAAUUAGUGUCACAUUAUAGAUUCCAAUUGA